AUGAAAUCAGCCAAAGUCGAGAUUGUUGAUGUGAUGCCAAACAGUAUGCCGUCUUUCCUUGUCAUUGGGGCCGGAGUGGUUGGGCUCACAACCGCUCUUGAGCUCCGAACCAGGUAUCCCACCGCCAAGAUUACCAUAGCAGCAAAAUUGCUGCCUGGCGACUCAGCUCCCGAAUACACCUCUGCGUGGGGCGGAGCCAACUGGUUCCCAGCAGCCAGAGACAAUGGCCCCCAAGAGGAUUGGGAAGCAAUCACCUACCGCAAGUUCAAGGAGCUUUCCUCAGCUCGGCCAGAAUGUGGCAUCCAGCCCAUGAACAUCAGGUGGCACUAUGAAGCCUCCAUUGAUGAGGUUGGCAUCAAAACUCCCGCAACCGGCAAGCUUUGGUUCGAAGAACUUGUUGGAGGCCUCGAAAAGAUCGAGGCAAAGGAUCUGCCGAGUGGGACUAUUUUUGGGUUGCAAAGCGAGGCAAUGAGACUCGGCAUAGAGGUCCACCGACGAGUGUUCGGACACAUCAAAGAUGCCUUCCGUCUUUACCCUCAAGCAACGGCUAUUUUCAACUGCACCGGCAUAGGAGCCUUAACGCUAGGCGGUGUCGAAGAUGACAAAAUUUUCUCUGCCAGAGGUCAAAUACUUCUGGUGGAGGGUCCCGAGGAGCCUAUCCGUAAAAUGGCCUUCCGCGCUCCGCAUCGCGACGGGGAAGCUACUCAUGUCUUCCCGCGCGGGGAGCGUAGCGGUGUAAUUCUUGGAGGCUGUCGGCAGAAACACAAUUGGGAUGGAGAGGCUGACAUGGAGUUUGCAGAAGUCAUCAAGAAGCGCUGCUGCGCAUUGGUGCCUGAGUUGGGCCCCCCAGAGGACCUUAAAGUGAUCAAGCAUGGCGUUGGACUUCGACUCCGUAACGAAGCUGGGAGAGAGGGCGGCGCGCGGGUCGCAUCUGAGUUGAUCCAAGAUCGGCUGCUCAUUCACAAUUAUGGCGCCGGAGGAACUGGGUUUCAAGCUUCUUGGGGGUUAGCCAGAUACGCCGUCGAUCUCGUCCCCAUCCGAGCACGAAUAUCAGCAGAGACCGGAGUAUAUGUCCAGUGCACACCGAUUCAGUCCCUCUAUGUGAAUCUGGCCUAA